AUGGUCGAAUGGGAAGCUCAUGGAAGAUUCCUGGUUGAUGACAUCGAUGACGGCGUGCUGGUAUUCAUGUGGUCGGUAAGCAUUCGCAGGCACACGGACUUACACCUUUCCGCUACCUUUCUUGCACUACCACCACCCAACAGCAUCUUCGCCUCGUUCAACGACACCUUCGUCCACGUCACCGAUAUGUCGGGCAAGGAAACCGUCACCCGUGUCACUGGCGGCAUGAAGGUCAAGGCUGACCGUGACGAGUCGUCUCCUUACGCUGCCAUGUUGGCCGCUCAGGACUGCGCCGUCCGCUGCAAGGAGGUCGGCAUCACCGCCCUUCACAUCAAGCUCCGUGCCACCGGUGGUACCGGCACCAAGACCCCCGGCCCUGGUGCCCAGGCCGCUCUCCGUGCUCUUGCCCGUGCCGGCAUGCGCAUCGGCCGCAUCGAGGACGUCACCCCCGUCCCCACCGACUCUACCCGCAGAAAGGGUGGUCGCCGCGGUCGUCGUCUGUGA